AUGAUUCCUGAACAUUCAAAUACAAUAAUAACAGACAAUGGUCAAACAACAAAUUCUAAUGAAAAAAAGAUUACACUUCAAGAGAUACCACGUUUACCACGUGAACUUUCUCCAUUUGCCCCAUUUAUAAAUGUUAUUGAAUUUGAUCAACGUGGUCCAUUAUUUCAAGGACCAGGAGCUAAACGUGAUACAGGACGUUAUAAAGUUCGACCAACUGAUGAUGAUAGUGUUAAACGUGCAAAAAAAUUUGCUUUGGAACAAAGUGUUAAAUAUGUUCUUGUUAAACAACAACAACAUCAACAACGUGCACAAUUAGAUUUAAUAAAAAAACAACAAGCACUUUUAUUAAUGUGCCGAAUUUAUAUUGGAAGUAUUAAUUUCGAAUUAAAUGAAGCUAUGCUUAAACAAGCAUUUCAACCAUUUGGUCCAGUUAAAUCAGUUUCAUUAACAUUUGAUCCAGUAACCAAUCGUCAUAAAGGUUUUGCUUUUCUUGAAUAUGAAACACCAGAAGCAGCACAAUUAUCUAUUGAACAAAUGAAUGGAGUUAUUCUAGGUGGAAGAAAUAUUAAAGUUGGUCGACCAUCGAAUAUGCCACAAGCACAACCAAUUAUUGAUCAAUUAACAGAAGAAGCAAAAAAUUAUAAUCGAAUUUAUGUUGCUUCUAUUCAUCCAGAUUUAACUGAAACAGAUAUUCAAAGCGUAUUUGAAGCUUUUGGAAAAAUUAAAAGUUCUUCAUUAUCAAAAGAUACAGCAACAGGAAAACACAAGUACAUAUCUUUUUUUCUUGUUUAUAAUAUUGAAGUUUUAACUAAUGAAUAUUUUAGAGGUUAUGGUUUUAUUGAAUAUGAAACAGUUCAAGCAGCACAAGAUGCAAUUAAUUCGAUGAAUUUAUUUGAUCUUGGCGGACAAUAUCUUCGAGUAGGAAAAGCGAUAACACCACCUGAAGGUUUAUUUGCUUCGACUCAGCCAGUAGCAAGUCAAAUGCCAACAGCUUCGGCAUUAGCUGCUGCUACGAUCACAGCUCAAAUACAAGCAACUGAUGUUGAAACAAAUUCACAGUCAAUUGUCACUACCUCACAAAUUAUCAAUAAUUCGUUAACACAAGUUGGUUUUCUUGGUGGUACUAUUGCACCAACAACAGUUGCAGCUGCGCUCUCUGCUGCUUCUUAUGGUGGUGCAACAGCUGUAACAUCCAUGAUUUCUACUAUACUCAAUCCAACUAAUGCUAUACAAAAUGUAAUUCCUCAACCAUCAAUUAUUGGCUCACCUGGAAUUCUUUCAAAUUUUGCUACACCACUUGCUAGUAGUCUUCCUACUUCUACACCAACACCACAAGCGCUAAAACCACCUCCACCUCCUCAAGUAAUUAUUCCACCACCACCAGUAUCAUUAUCGAUUCCGCAACCUACUCUAUUAGAAGAACCACCAAUACCUGUUGGAUUAAAAUUUGAUUUACAAUCCCAACAACAACAACCACCGCAACAACAACAACAGCAACAGCAACAACAACAACAGCAACAACAACAAUAUCCAUCAAUUUCACUUGUUCUACCAAGAAAUCAAUCAUCAAGUAAUUUAGAUGUAACCGACAGUCAAAAAACUGUUUCUGAUUUAAAAAAUACUGAUGAUCCGUUGGCUAGUUUAUCUCAACAAGAAGAGCUUAGUGUUAAAGGUCGUGAACAACGACAUUUAUUAAUGCAAAAAUUAAAUCAACGUCGACUUGAUUCACGUGUAUGUGUAUUAAGAAAUAUGGUUAGUCCAGAAGAAGUUGAUGAUGAUUUAGAACAAGAAAUUACAGAUGAAUGUUCAAAAUAUGGUGAAGUUAAUAGAGUUGUGAUUUAUACUGAAAAACAAGGUGAAGAAGAUAAUGCAGAACAAAUCGUGAAAAUAUUUGUGGAAUUUCAAAAUAGUAAAGAAGCAGAAAAAUCGGCUGAAUCACUUAAUGGUCGAUGGUUUGGUGGUCGAAUGGUAAGAGCUGAAUUAUAUGAUCAAGCUGCUUAUCAAGCUGAAGAUCUUUCUGGUUAA